GUUACAUCUCUCUCUUUCUGAUUCUGUUUUCCCUCCCACUGCUCAUCUCUUCAUCAGUCUCAUCCGCUGUCUCUCGUCUGAACUCUCUGUGAUCAUCUAGACGACCAUCACAAACACACUAUCACUGCAGGAUGCCACUUGGAGGGGGAAACAAGUGUGGCUGCUGUCAAAAGACGGUGUAUUUUGCAGAGGAAGUUCAGUGUGAGGGGCAAAGCUUCCACAAAUCCUGCUUUCUGUGCAUGGUGUGCAAAAAGAACUUGGACAGUACAACUGUAGCUGUACACCAGGAUGAGAUCUACUGCAAGUCCUGCUAUGGCAAGAAAUAUGGCCCAAAAGGGUAUGGUUUUGGUGGAGGAGCAGGUACUCUGAGCAUGGACACCGGCGAAGCUCUGGGAAUCAAACCGGCUGGACAAACAUCUUAUCGUCCAGCCAAUAACCCCAACCCCUCAAAGUUUGCUCAGAAGCUUGGUGGCUCAGACGUUUGCCCUCGAUGCGGAAUCGCCGUGUAUGCGGCAGAGAAGGUCGUUGGAGGUGGAAACUCGUGGCAUAAGAGCUGCUUCAGAUGUGCAAAGUGUGGCAAGAGUCUGGAGUCCACCACUCUAGCAGAUAAAGAUGGAGAGAUCUACUGUAAAGGGUGCUAUGCAAAGAACUUCGGACCGAAAGGCUUUGGAUUCGGCCAGGGGGCUGGCGCACUUGCCCAUGCCCAAUAGAAUUACAGCUGGCAUUGGUGAACCCAGGAGGAAAAUAUGGCCAUUCAUCACCUAUAAACAUCACUUUGUGGGAGAAAGAGUCUCAUAAAUGUUAUACACAUAAGUGGUUAUAUUACAUUCAUUUUUGGGCUCAGUAUAUACUAAAUGUGACAUCCAAGAUACAUCUUAAUAUUAUCAGCUGAUAUUUACGCAUAAUAAUAAAAUUGGGUGAUUUUUCACUUAA